AUGAAUCAUCAACCCCAUCGUUUAUCACCCUUCAGUAAUUUUGUGGAUAACAGCAACGAUAAUACAAGCCAAACGAUCAUCAUUCCUGAAACGAAUGAACUUUAUCAACCAAUUUUCUACCCCAGUACUCAUAAAUCGCGUCGGGAUGGUUCAUCAUUGAAACCACACGCCGAUUUUUAUGUCGAUCAGGUGAAACAAAUUUUGUUAGAAGGACCAACCAUCAAUCGAGAGAAAUCCAAAACAUUGGAUUUUAGCGAUCCAUCUUCCGAAGGACUUUGGAACAGAUCACACACUUUUCAAUUUACUCAUGAUGAUUAUUUGUAUAUAUUUAUAGGUGCUCAUGCAUGGCAUCAUUAUUAUCGAUCGAUCAAAGAUGAUUGUUUAUUUAGAAUUUCAUUAUCCGAUAUUGAUCAUUUAUACGAAGGAAUUGAUUCUGUUGCUGUAGAAGAAAUUUCAACCUCUGGAAAUGCACCCAUUGGUGGCAGAAUAUUUCCUGGAGUUUAUUUUGAUGAGGAAUUACUCGAAGUUUUCAUGCAUGGUGGUUUAAAACAAGGUCGAAAUUUGACCAAUGAAGUCUUUUCGUUGAACAUGAAAACAUUGGAAUGGAAACAAUAUGAACCCAUCAAUCGAUCUGGAUCAAAUAUAUUUCCUUUCCUUGAAGGUCACACCAUUAUCAAGAGAGGUAAAGACGAAUAUUAUUCCUAUGGUGGACAUGGAGGCAAUUUAAUUUUCACAAACUCUUUUUACAGAAUGAGUCGAAUAGGAGAUAAUACUAUGCAUUUCACAAAUAUGAAACAUGAAAAUAUGAUUGGAUAUGACCAAGUGACAUUUCCAGUUGCAUAUCACCAAGCUGUAUAUUUCAAAAAACAUGAUGUUAUGAUCGUAAUUGGUGGAAAGAUGAGAAGUGGUGAAAAUGCACCUUUAAGCAAUGAUUUACUGUUCUACUAUUUCAAAUCAAAAACAUGGAUGAUUCUUGAAACACAUGUCCGACCCUCUAGAGACCCUUGCCCAUUACUAAAGGAUCGAAAAGUUCCACCCAAUCAUUUGAAAAUACUCAACAGAACACCAUGGAUCAAAACAGACAAAAUUCGUUCUCAUUGUGCCGCUCAGUUGAGUGAUUCCAAAUUGCUCUACUAUGGAGGUACAUGUCACACACGUGAUCAUGCAGACGAUUUUCCUCAUGAAAUAUUCAUUUUUGAUAUUGAUGAGCUGAGAUGGGAAGUUAACGAGUCACUUUCCAGUUAUGAUUCACAAGUUGAAUAUCUUGUAAAUACCAAGUUCUCGAAAAGCUUGUCGGAAGAAGCAUGUUUGGAAGGCAUGAACAAUAUGUUUCGAGGAGUUCAUCAAAACAAUUCUUCAACAACCCUCACUAACAACAACCCAUACGAACUCAAUGAGAAUGAAUUUGACGAAGCGUUUGUUGGACGAAACUACUUCUCCAUGAAUUAUGAUCGUAAAAGAAAUAAGGUCUAUAUUUUCGGUGGAUCUAUUUGCUCGCGGACAGGCCGUACACGACAAUGGGAGAGUUCAUCCCUCAUUGUUUUCCAUUGUAAUCUAAGACCAUCCAUGUUCAAACUCUUUCCAAAUACGAGUAAGAUCUUACAAAGCACGGAACAAGGAGGAGCAUUUACUGACAUUUCCAUUCGCACUUUGUCUCAUUAG